GGCGGGGCAGCGCCUCUCCUCGCACCUCAUCACAAUUCACCACAGCUCACACUCCACACCUGCCAACCGAAGAUGUCGUGGUUCGGGCACCACCACCACAACCAGCCGGCUCCCCCGGCGUCGGGCCCCAACCAGGUGUUCAAGAUCUUCUGCCGCGCCAACGAGAAUUACUGCCUCGCCGUCCGCGACGGCGCCGUCGUGCUCGCCCCCGCCAACCCCAAGGAUGACCACCAGCACUGGUACAAGGACAUGCGCUUCAGCACCAGGGUCAAGGACGAGGAAGGCAUGCCGGCCUUCGCCCUCGUCAACAAGGCCACCGGCCUCGCCAUCAAGCACUCGCUCGGCCAAUCCCACCCGGUGAAGCUGGUGCCCUUCAACCCUGCCGAGGAGGACGCGUCGGUGCUGUGGACGGAGAGCAAGGACAUCGGCAAGGGCUUCCGCUGCAUCCGCAUGGUCAACAACACCCGCCUCAACUUCGACGCCUUCCACGGCGACAAGGACCACGGCGGCGUCCACGACGGCACCACCGUCGUGCUCUGGGAUUGGUGCAAGGGCGAGAACCAGAGCUGGAAGAUCCUGCCAUGGGGCCCCGAGGCGCACUCCCCCGCCGCCGGGCCCGGGAACGCCUCCAUCGGCGGCGUCCCCGUGCACACCGUCCGCGUCUUCUGCAAGGCCGGCGAGGACUACAGCCUGACGGCGCGCAACGGCACGGUGUGCCUGGCGCCCUCCAACCCCAGGGACGAGUACCAGCACUGGAUCAAGGACAUGAGGCACAGCACCCGGAUCAGGGACGAGGAGGGCUACCCGGCCUUCGCCCUCGUCAACAAGGUCACCGGCGAGGCCAUCAAGCACUCCACGGGGCAGGGCCACUCCGUCAAGCUGGUCCCCUACAACCCGGACUACAAGGACGAGUCGGUGCUCUGGACCGAGAGCCGCGACGUCGGCGACGGCUUCCGCUGCGUCCGCAUGGUGAACAACAUCUACCUCAACUUCGACGCCUUCCACGGCGACAAGGCCCACGGCGGCGUCCACGACGGCACCGAGAUCGUGCUCUGGGAGUGGGCCAAGGGCGACAACCAGCGCUGGAAGAUCCUCCCCUGGUGCCUCCAGCUUGCGCUGCUUAAGAAAAGAACCAGGCACACCAAAGAGAGAAGAGAGAUGGACUUUUACGGUGGUCGUGAGCGUUACGGCGGCGGUUACGGCGGCAUCGCGACGCCGGGGUACGCUCCGCCGGUGCCGUACGGGAUGUCGCAGGUGAACAUCGAGGGCAAGGGUUGCGGGCGCCCUCUGCCGCCGCAGCCGACGGUGAAGGUGUACUGCCGCGCCGACCCCAACUACGCGAUGACGGUCCGCAACGGCAAGGUGGUGCUGGCGCCGGCGAACCCCAAGGACGAGUACCAGCACUGGAUCAAGGACAUGCGGUGGAGCACGAGCGUCAAGGACGAGGAGGGGUACCCGGCGUUCGCGCUGGUGAACAAGGCCACCGGGGAGGCCAUCAAGCACUCCCUGGGGCAGUCCCACCCGGUGCGCCUGGUGCCCUACAACCCGGACUUCCUGGACGAGUCGGUGCUGUGGACGGAGAGCCGCGACGUCGGCAACGGCUUCCGCUGCGUGCGCAUGGUGAACAACAUCUACCUCAACUUCGACGCGCUCCACGGCGACAAGUGGCACGGCGGCGUCCGCGACGGCACCGAGAUCGUGCUCUGGAAGUGGUGCGAGGGAGACAACCAGCGCUGGAAGAUCCAGCCAUACUACUGAACAACUGAUUCAUCAUCUGCCUCAUCCCUAUGCACGCUACUACGCCUGCAGGAGCAGGAGCAUGGAGAUCUUGAAAUGAUAUAUGGAAUAAUUGUCUAGCCUCGUCACUAGACAAAAGCAGGAUCAAGCGCUUACUUAUGGUCAUGUAUGCGUUGCAUGUGUACCUACUGUAUGUAAUAACCAGUUGCGAUACCAUAAAGUAUCUUCAGUGUAUUCGGCCGUGAAAUACGUAUAUGUAUGGUGAUUAAUACCGA